AUGACAACGGACGCGUGUAACUCCACCGCCGCAGUACAUCUUCCGAUGCACCCGGAGUUGGGCACAGGCCACGAUGGCCCACCCGUCUCACCGGGCGACGACUUUCUCUUUGGGAAACUCGUCGCGGAGCGCCAGAAAAUCCAGCUCUCCCUUGAGCGCCGGAAGCGGAAGGAAGAGCUCGUGCGAAAGCGCGAACAGGGAUUCCAGACGCACAUCAACGGGGCCAACGAGGAGAGGUUGCUGCAUCGCAACAAGCAAAUCCAGAUGCAGCAUAACCGCACGAGGCCCAAUCGUGCCUUUGGCGUUGUGGGGCAGAGUGCGCUUCUCGGUCCCGCAAGUCAAUCCGUAGCACCGCACCAUCCGCAAUCCGUGAUUACCGGCGCGAGUGCCGCAGCCAGUAGCUCCAGCACCGCCAGGCACUUUGUCCCAAAUUUUGUCGCGUCAACGACACCACAGAUGAACGCAAAUAGUAUAAUCCCACAGCAGCAAGCAAAAACGGCUACGGCGCCGAAGUCCUGGAAAAAGGAAACAGUCGAGCUGCGCGCGGAGGACGGCAGGCUGAUCAAGUUAUCGCCGUUUGGAGAACAAGUUUCGGUUGAUCCGGAAACUACACAAGACGGGCACUACAGAAGUACUAGCAAUAGCGCUCACCACGUUCUUCACCUUCCUAUUGUGCCGGACGAAGAGGACUACGACGAAGAACUUGGGCAAGAAUCGUCCCCAAACGAAGCAAAGAUGUCAAUGUCCCCAACGUCCGGGGGACGAACACAGCACGAAAAAGCGGUAUCGGAUGACGUCGUCAACGUGUUAACAAUGCUGGAAACCGCACCGACGGAAGCGCUGGAAAAGGUGCGUGCCAGUCUGCGCUUGUCGAGGUCGAACUUACCGACUAUUGGGGGACACCAGCCCCAGGGGGCAGCCGGAUCCGUACCCUCUCCGACGACCGUGGACAAGAGAGCCAUCGCUCGAGAAGAGGAGGACUUCGGCCUGGACGACUUGAGAAGAGACAGCACGCGGAAGCCGUAUUACGGCGGCCGGGCCGGUGCGGACGAGACGGACGACGAACAGGUGCUGAUGGGGAACUCCUUUGAGUUCCUUCCUUCCACGGGAGCUGGAUGCAGUGCGCGAAAGGGAGGCAUCAUUCAAGAAUCUAGCGCCGUUGGUGCUGGACAGCACGCAAACGACCAAGCGGAACAAACCAAGGACGUAGAACCAAAAGACACAAAUUUCUCUGCGAUUGCUGCGGCCAUGGCCGCGGAAAACCAGGCUGCCAUGGCGCAAGAGCGCAAGCGCUCGGUCCACGGCGAAGUGACGCAAUCGCGACUGCCCGUCAGUGCCUCAGCUGCAGAAGCCCUGCGGCCCCCGUCCGCGGUCGCCAGUAGGAGAACAAGUGUGGAUGUGCAAGUUGAGCCCCCAGAGAUGAACAAGGUUGCUGUGCCGGUCGUGUCAUCUACGAGUCGUGCAGGCCAGAAGUGUCUGCAAACGACCGAACCGCGCUUACCGAUCGACGACCGGACGGCCGAGAGGUUCCGGCCACCUUCCGCAGUGAGCUCGCGCCCACGGAGCCGAAUGAGCCAAGUGCACGUGGAGUACACGGAGAUCGUCUCGACGAGCUGCGACGCGAACACAAGUUCCGGAUCGACUGUCGCAGUUCGUACAAAUGCAGGAGAUCAUUAUUUCCCGGUUCCCGUCGUCCCGGUUCCCAGUGGUGAUUGUCAACUCACAGGAGGUCAUCCCAACGACGUAAACGACGAGAAACAACAUGCUCCAGGACUCUCCGCGGGAGAACACGACUGUCAGGAAACCCCGCGGAUGCGCACUUGGUCGACCAGCAGUCAACAGACGGACAGUCUGAUUCAGCGCAUUCAAGAAUUGGAUGAGGAAAAGCAACGUGCGCUGGAGCAGCUUCUCGACCACUGGUGGGACCUGCCGCGGAUUAUGCAGGAAAACAAUCAAGAAGUCGUCGAGCAGAAGUGGACUUGGAAUCGUGCUGGAGAUGAUGAGAUGAAGCCGAAAGACGACCAAGUUGUUCCGCAUGAACAAAACGGGGACGACGAAAACAGUGCAGAACCUCCGGGAUCGACCGAGUACGGAUCGUGUCUGAGCCGUGUUGGGGGUAGCAAGAACGCGGAGCCGGAUGCCGUAGUGCCGAUAGCAGCGGAUGACGGGAGCUACGGAAGGGAGCAGAACGGAAGUUCCGGAUCGGGCACGAUUGGCCCGGAGGACGGUGCGAAUCCCGGAGGCCGGACGCACGGUGGCGGGGUCGGGGCGAAUGACGAGGAGAAAAACGACAUGGCGGAGGAGGGCGAGAAGCUGAAAACGAAAAAUUCUGACGAUGAAGAGGACGAGCCCGACAGUGUGGGUUCGAAGCGAAGACUGCAGGUCAAACUUGCAGUCUUGUGCAACCACAGCCAAUCCGGCUACGCAUGCGAGCUGAAAGGGGUGAAAGUUUAUCGCACCAGCAGUGGGGGUCGUUGUACUAGCAGCGACGAGAAGAGGAAGGUGUGUCGUGUCCGGCCGCAAACCAUCCAGGCGACCGGAUUGACGGAAGGUGGAAAGACACUGCAUAGGCUGUUCAGGAGGAGAACAACUUCGAAGACGGCUAGCACAACGCUACUGUCAUCUUGGAGUGGAAAGACCGCUGCAGCAACUGGGAGCUUCGUUCUCCGAUUCGAAGCAGACCUUCCUGAAGCCACGACAUCAAAUGGCCACACUUCUACUUCCGACGACUCGUAUUGCAUCGCGCUGGAAAAUAGCAGUUCUGCGAUUCUAGCGCUGUGCGACGCGGACGUCUCUGCCACGAUCGUCACUGAGCAAUUCAGCGGGGCAACCGGCGGGAAUCUGCUCACUGCCGAGGGUGAUGUCUUGCACGCGCGCGUCCGCGGCAUACCCGCUGCGAGUGGAGAGCAGGUGUACAGUCUGGCAGUGCACCAGCACAUUCAACCUGAAGUUAAUAAAAAAAGCGACCACCUCGUCUCUAGUGACCCGAAUUCGAGUGACGCGACUGUCUACGAGACCGAGCAGCCCGUGCCGAUGCUGAUCGAGGGCGUAUCACGGGCCACUCCCGCAACCUCCGCACGGCAACAGGAAGACAAACUUCUUGACAAGGAACAGCAGAAGAAGCAUCGAUCGAAUGCCAACACCCUCUCCAUCUCUGCGGCUGCCCCUUCUCGCAGCACAACUUCCUCGCCGGUAGCUUCGAAUAAGAAGACCCAAAAUCGCCACCAGCAGUCCAUGCUUGCGAGCUUUGACGCUUUGGAGAAGUCCGCAAGUCGGAAGUUUUUCGAGCCGUUGCGGGGAGCGGGUGGUGGGGACGGAAACAAAAGAGCAGCAUACGACUUUGGGUUCGACGAAAUUGAGAACGAAGCGGAGAAUGAAGAAGGAACUGGUAAUUCCAUGCCCACGGUGGACGAUCACGAAGCUUUGCUCUACGAUCCCUCGUUUGCCGCAAACGCCUCAAACACAGGCACUAAUUUCAGCGAAGGCAACCCCCCGCUUGUCGUACCCGACGCUCGGCCCUCUCGACGCGAGCAGCUCCAGCAAGGAGCAGGUGGCGCAUUGCCAGCUGCUGCGCUGCAGCGGGCAGGCGUACCGAAGAGCAGCGCGUCUAGCAGCAGCGAGGACGAGGACUUCAAGCAUUUGCGUGUUGAGGCCGAGAAGUGCGGAGAGCCGGGCAUUCUCCCCUCCCCGCCGAACGCCAUGGCGGACUACUACUUGGCCAAUGACUCCGCUGUGGCAGGGAGCUACUACGACGGUUCGGCCAUCGACCACAACUGUGUCGGUGCUUCCCUGCUGCCGCCGGAGUACUACACAGAUACCGCGCCGAACUCGGAGGCAGAAGUAGUAGAAAGCAGCCCGGGGGUCACUAGUACUGCGCAAAAUACAACAACGGCUAUGAAUCCUCGACCCGCGAUCCCCCUUGUGAUGCCGACGUUGCCUCGGGGAAAACUCUUGGUCUUCAACUGCGCAUCCACCUGGGGCGAUCCGGACUUUGUGGGGCUGGCUGGAAUCGAGAUCUUUGAUGAUAAGGGCGAGCUCGUGGUCCUCCCGGACGUGGAAAAUCAGGUAAGUGCGGAGCCCGACAGUGUGAACGUGUUGCACGGGCCGAACAGUGGACAAGUGCUGGACCCCCGGACGCCCGACAAACUCUUCGACCAGGUGAAUUUGACGCGGGACGACUUUCACGUCUGGCUGGCGCCCUUUCGCUGCGGCAAGCCCCACACCGUGAUGGUGGACCUUCUGGAGGAGAAAUGCGUCAGCAUGAUCCGCAUCUGGAAUUACAACAAGUACAUACAAAACUGCUUCUCCUUCAUCUCUUCGUGAUGUUUUUUGGCAUGACCUCUGGUGUUUUGAUUGAAGUGAGUGAUCUGAUUUCAAGUAUGCCUUCAACUGUUGCCGGAGAUUUGAUUUUAGAGUUUUCGUUUGAAGAUGAUGCCACCUCCACCGCAACACGCAGGUCGCGACUACACGCCAACCGCGGAUGUCGCAUCAUGGAGAUAUUUCUAGAUGUAUCCUCGAAAGCAAAAGGUUGUAGUCCGGCACGACAAACCUAAAUCAGAGUCUUGCAGCAACUUACUCUCGCGGGAGGCAGAAGAUAGAAAGACGUCCUGAUGUUGCAGAUGUUGUUUCAUGUCUUUGCAUCCGUUGGUUAUGAAUACAUAUUUCAUAUCUUCGGUUUUUUGUUUUUCGUGUUCGGGAUGACCCACUGUAUUUUCCCAUGGAUAACCUAAGACGCCGAUUUUCGUGGGCGAGAUUCGCAAGGCCUCCGGGGAUCUGAACCGGCCCGACCAGGUGUGUGAGCACUUGCUAUUCUGCGGGGAAGAGCAGUCCGAGGUCCUAGAGAAGAUCGAGGAACGCGACUGGCUUCCGCGCCUGGCGCCCGAGAUUGGCGACCCGGAGUUCUUGCUUCAGGGCAGCAGUGAAGAAGAGGAGAUCCUGGACGACGACGGGAAUGUAGUACGGCGGCGGAGAAGAAGUAGUACUGAAAACUAUGCGGACGAUGACUCGGAUAUUGGGAACUUCUUCGACGAGGACGAGUCUCUGCUAGGUGACAAGCUUUGGAAAAUCGAAGUCCCCGCAAGUUCGGGAACUGAGGGCGAGUUUGAAGAUUGAUAUUUGCAGGGAGGGAAUCGUUGUGGUAGAUGGAAGUAUGCAAUAAAUUGAAUUUCCGUCUUCACCUGCUGUGUGGUCUGUGAUAGGUGAUCGCUAUCAUUUACUGCGAUCCCAGCACCACAACUUCGCCUCCGCUACUGGGAGAGGCACGGGCGCCCGGGAAUCCAUCGUCGAUCUGAGCAUGAACAUGAAGUGGAUUAUUGCGCAGGAGUAGAAAAUGAAACAAUUCCACCGCUCGUGAGGAAGUACAAGCUUUGCUGUCAUGUCCCUGGGCGCUGCCCUUCAUGUCCAUAGUUUCUGGAAGUGUUCCCUAAAGUAGCAGCC